AUGUUUGGAAAAAAAUACCAGGAAAUGCUUACUUUGAAUGAGGCAAUGUCUACACGCAUGACUGUGGUACCAUCGACUGAAUACUUACAUACGGUUAACGAUGAAGGGAGGCAUUGCACUGUCUGCCUGUUAGAGAGAAAAUACGUUUGUGGGAGGUUCCAAGUUGAUGAAUUACCAUGCCCACAUGCUUGGGCUAAAUUGAAGAGCAAGUUUCUAAUGCUAGAAGAUUAUUGCUCUGACUAUUACAAACCAAAUUCUGUUGUAAUGACAUACAAUGUGCCUGUGUACUCGAUACCGGACCGAAAUGAAUGGAAUAUACCAGCACAUAUUGCAAAGGAAGUUAUAUUACUACCCAAAUGGAAAAGACCUCCUGGAAGGCCAAAGAAGAAGCGCGAUAAGCUUUUCAGUGAAUUGUUGCAGCCGAAAAAUCAACAUUCAUGUAGCAUAUGUGGGCAGGGAGAACAUAUAAGAGAACGUGUAGAAAUGCUCCACGUAGAACUUAGUUAA